CUGGGUCUGUGGCUCUCUCCUGGGGCUCGGUGCCUUUGACCGAGGCUGGAGACAGCUGCGAACAGCCACGGGCAGCUGAGGUGGCAGUGGGAACUCUCCCGAGAUGUUCAGCCAGGUGCCCAGGACCCCGGCUGCAGGCUGCUACUAUCUAAAUCCCAUGACACCUGAGAGCCAGGAGAUGUACUUGCGAUUUGAUCAGACUGCCAGACGCUCUCCCUACAGGAUGAGCCGGAUCCUAGCACGCCAUCACCUAGUGACUAAAAUUCAGCAAGAAAUCGAGGCAAAGGAAGCAUGUGACUGGCUGCGAGCUGCUGGGUUCCCGCAGUACGCUCAGCUGUAUGAAGAUUCCCAGUUCCCCAUCAACAUUGUGGCUGUCCAAAAAGACCAUGAUUUUCUUGAAAGGGACCUUGUAGAGCCUCUUUGCAGACGACUUAAUACGUUGAACAAGUGCGCCUCAAUGAGACUUGAUGUGAACUUCCAAAGGAAAAAGGGUGACGACUCGGAUGAGGAAGAUCUCUGCAUCAGCAGCAAAUGGACUUUCCAGAGAAGCAGCCGCAGGUGGUCCCGUGUGGAUGACCUGCACACGCUCUUCCCAGGGGCAGACAGAAACGGGUCCCCAGGAGGCCCUAGGAUGAGAAACACAACCAGCAGCGAGAGUGUGCUCACGGAUCUGAGUGAACCCGAGGUCUGCUCCAUUCAUAGCGAAAGCAGCGGGGGCAGCGACAGCCGCAGCCACUCAGGGCAACACUGUGUCGACAGCCCACUAGUUCUAGAGGGCACCCUGGUCAGCAGCGGCCUCCCACAGUCUCCCCGAGACAGUCUCGGCUACCCUUCCCACCCCAAGAAUGAGAAACCCGCCAGGGCCAGAGCCAAGUCGUUUUUGAAACGCAUGGAUACCCUUCGAGCUAAGGGAGCACACGGGAGGCAUAAGGGGUCAGGGCGGACAGGUGGCCUGGUCAUCAGUGGGCCUGUGCUGCAGCAGGAGCCAGAAUCCUUUAAGGCCAUGCAGUACGUCCCGAUACCCAAUGGCGAUGUGCAGACCUCGCCUCCAGCUGCCUGCAGGAAAGCGCUUCCCUGCUCCAGUAAGUCAAGUGGUGAGAGCAGCCCCUUGGAGAACAGCAGCCGAGUGAGCACUCCGUGUAUGAAGGAGCGCAAGUGCCACCAUGAGGCCAACAAGCGUGGGGGCAUGUACCUGGAGGACCUGGAUGUGCUGGCAGGGACAGCGCCACCAGAUACAGGGGACCAAAACCACACGCAUGGGUUUCAUUCCCAAGAGAACUUGGUGGUACAUAUUCCCAAGGAUCACAAACCAGGAACGUUCCCUAAGGCACUUUCUAUAGAAAGCCUGUCACCCUCAGACAACAGCAAUGGGAUUAACUGGAGGACCGGAGGCAUCUCCCUGGGCAGACAACAGGGCCCAGGCAUGAGGGAACCCAGACUCAUGGCGUCCUGCCACAGAGCCAGUCGGGUCAGUAUCUAUGACAAUGUCCCCGGCUCACAUCUAUAUGCCAGCACAGGAGAUCUCUUGGACCUGGAGAAAGAUGGCCUCCUCCCACAGCUGGAUGACAUCUUGCAGCAUGUCAACGGCAUCCAAGAAGUGGUGGAUGACUGGUCAAAAGAUAUCUUACCUGAACUGCAAAGUCACGAUGUGCUGGCAGGGGAGCCUGCUUUAUCCCCGUUUCCAUCUCCCAACCAGAUCACUUUAGAUUUUGAAGGCAACUCCGUCUCAGAAGGUCAGACGACACCCAGUGACAUGGAAAGGGAUGGAACUUCUCUGAAUGAAUCAGAAGCUGCCGGGGUCAAAGAAAGAAGGGACUCUGGUGUGGGGGCCUCUCUGACCAGGCCAAACAGGCGACUGCGAUGGAGCAGCUUCCACCUCUCACACCAACCGCAGCCGUCUCCAGCCACCCCGCACAUCAGCAGCCAGACGGCGGCCCAGCUGAACCUGCUCCAGCGCUUCUCGCUGCUUCGUCUCACAGCCAUCAUGGAGAAGUACUCCAUGUCUAACAAGCACGGCUGGACCUGCCUCUCAGCACGCUGCGCCCCAGGGACCUUGCAUGACCUGGUUUCUGUGAAUUCCAGGUCCGUUCCAAAGUUCAUGAAGAGGAUGAAGGUUCCCGACUACAGAGACAAGGCUGUCUUCGGUGUUCCUCUCAUAGUCCAUGUCCAGAGAACAGGACAGCCCCUGCCUCAGAGCAUUCAACAAGCACUGAGGUAUCUACGUAGCAACUGUCUGGAUCAGGUGGGACUUUUCCGCAAGUCGGGAGUGAAGUCUCGAAUCCAUGCUCUGCGUCAAAUGAAUGAGAGCUUCCCUGAGAACGUGAGCUAUGAAGACCAGUCCGCGUAUGACGUGGCAGACAUGGUGAAGCAGUUCUUCCGGGACCUCCCCGAGCCCCUGUUCACCAACAAGCUCAGCGAGACCUUCCUCCACAUCUAUCAGUAUGUCCCCAAAGAACAGCAGCUGCAGGCUGUGCAGGCGGCCAUCCUGCUGCUGGCGGAUGAAAACCGGGAGGCCCUGCAGACGCUCCUGUGCUUCCUCCACGACGUCGUGAACUUAGUGGAAGAGAAUCAGAUGACGCCCAUGAACCUGGCCGUGUGUCUGGCCCCCUCCCUCUUUCACCUUAACUUACUGAAGAAAGACAGCUCGCCAAGGGUCAUCCAAAAGAAAUACGCCACCGGAAAGCCAGAUCAGAAGGACCUCAGUGAAAAUCUAGCAGCAGCCCAGGGGCUUGCCCACAUGAUCACAGAGUGCAACCGACUCUUUGAGGUCCCACAUGAGAUGGUGGUCCAGUCUCGUAGCUCCUACUUGGAGGCUGAGAUCCACGCACCCAGCCUGGAAGACUUGGGAACGCAGCUGGCAGAGAGCGGGGCAACUUUCCACACGUACCUGGAGCAUCUUGUCCAAGGCCUCCAGAAAGAAGCUAGGGAGAAAUUCAAAGGGUGGGUCACAUGCUCCAGCCCCGACAACACAGACCUGGCUUUCAAAAAGGUGGGGGACGGGAACCCUCUGAAGCUGUGGAAGGCGUCUGUGGAGGUGGAGGCACCACCGUCUGUGGUGUUGAAUCGUGUGCUGAGGGAACGCCACCUGUGGGAUGAGGACUUCGUGCAGUGGAAAGUUGUGGAAACUUUGGACAGGCAAACAGAAAUCUACCAGUACGUGCUGAACAGUAUGGCCCCGCAUCCCUCCAGAGACUUCGUGGUUCUCAGGACCUGGAAGACUGACUUGCCCAAAGGAAUGUGCACCCUGAUAUCCCUGUCUGUGGAGCAUGAAGAAGCCCAGCUGAUGGGCGGCGUGCGGGCAGUGGUGAUGGACUCUCAGUACCUGAUAGAACCAUGCGGUUCUGGCAAGUCCAGGCUGACCCACAUCUGCAGGAUAGACCUGAAGGGUCACUCCCCAGAAUGGUACAACAAAGGCUUCGGACACCUCUGUGCUGCUGAAGUCGCCAGAAUUAGAAACUCCUUCCAGCCCCUCAUUGCUGAGGGUCCAGAGACAAAAAUCUGAGCUCUCCCCAGUGUGGCGUCAAACUCAGGGAACACGAAGAGGAAUGAACGAACGCUCACGGUGUGUGGAGUGCACUGUCCCGUGGGAACCGGUGGCCACGGACCAUAUUCCUAACCUGCCUGGAGAUGGCUAAUCCUUACUAAUAUAAUGUCUUGGACAUUUAUCUUUUGCUCAAAAUUAAAUGGGUUAUUCCUUACGUAUUGCCUAAUUUGCUAUUUAAAGGCUUCUAAGAAGCAUUGUUUUAGCUGUAAAUAAAUGUACUGUAGCAUUUGUAUAUGUGUGUGUACAUCUCCCUUUGCUGUAUAUAUGUAAAAUACUGGUUUUGUAUAUAAUUAAGUGUCUGACUCUGUGAGUCUCCUCACAUGGCACUUCCCAGGUUGCUGGAGACCCUGUGUCCCUACUGUCCUGCCAGCCGAGCAGAACCUGCUGCCAAUAACCAAAGCGUGAAAUGGGUCCUCUGUCAGUCUGCCCAUGCUUACCCAAAGAUUAGCUAGCCAAAGAAUAAUAGCAUUAUAAGCCUCUUCCACGCACUGGCCUCUUAUUUCUGAUGUUUAAAAACUGGAGUGGGGUGUUGAGAUAAAUUGAGCAAAAUAAUAUUUGCUUCUCUUUGACACAAAGCAGCAGGUAAGAGUUUGUCUCCAAAUCCAAGGCUAGAUUUUUGCAUUGCCCUCUGUGCCCACUCUAUGAAGUUUGAGUGGGAUGUCAGGUGACCAUUAAGAGUUGGCACCAGGGACUGAAACAGAACUGGUACCACCACUCCCUCCAUAGGGGCGAACAGCAGAGCCUGUCCACAAAGCCAAAGGGAGCCCCAUGUCCUCUGGAGACUCAGAUAAUUCUCAUAAUGCUGUUUAGUGACCUAUUUGACCAGUGGCCUACAUGGCCACAGUUAUUCAUGUUCUUGCACUGACCUUGACUCUGGACACCAGACAAAGAGAGACGAUGGUCCAUCAAGUGUCCAGGGUCAACACAGCUUCAGGGAAUUCAUAGUGUCCUAUAUAUGAUGCUCUUAAAAAUCUAAUCUAUUAAAAAUCUUGCAAUCUGAAAGACAGGGUUUUAAACUAGCAGAAGACCAAAACUGUGUCAUUAGUUUAUUUGUACAAAUUACAAGCAGAUGUAUCAAUCCCAUGUUUUUCCAUUAUCCCGCACCGGUGCCCGUGCAUUUGACCCCAACCUUAUUUAUUAUUGUACAGACUGAACAAACUGGUGUUCCUGAACCACGUGAGAAUGGCUUUGCUAUUUUUAUUGUAAUACAGCAUCUAUAGAGAGAUAACUUAUUAUGUCUGCCUUCCAGGAGAAAUUUUCUUAAGCUGUCUGGGCAGAGAUUGAUAUCCUAAUUCAGCAGCUGGUGUUGGAAGAAAAGCAAAAACAAAUCUGUGCUUUCAGGGAUGUUGUAUGACAUACAGUGAUGCGGUGUUUUCUGUUAGCUGUGGUGUGCAAUCGUUUGACUGGGAGGAAUAAAGAUGUUUUCUGCAUGUUUGGUGUGGUACAAGGAAAAGCAGGGCAGGGAUUUUGCAUUCUCAUGUCUACCUGGAAAAGAGUCGGCCAGACCACAGGUCGCCCACUGUCUGGGCAGUGCUCUAUGGAUUGGACAAAUUCACUUCUGCCAUUACGUCAUGCAUGCCAUGCUGGAUGGCUUUUUAUGUAUUGGCAAGAUCGUCAGUGGGGCUUAGUCCGGCUCAACACUGUUCCUGCUCCAGCGAUGGGUACUAUGCAUUUGAAAGCAGAAUGGGCACCCCGGGAUGAAUGGCAUUGUUUCCCAAGGAACAUCCUUACUUAGCAAGCACUGGGAACCACCUAAGACCUUGUUAAAAUGCUGGGAUGCAGGCAGUCUGGGUGGGCCUGACAUUCUGUAUUCCUAAUGAGCCCGUGGGAUGCAGGUUGCUGUCUCAACGACACACUUUGAGAAACAAGGACCCAGGGAAUGCUUAAAACUGAAUAAAAUGAUAUGAUUGUAUUUCUCACCCCUCUCUCUUCCAGCUAACCUGACUUUUGAAUUUUAUGCACAUGCUAAUCGCAUCACCUCUGCUAACCACAAAGCGCCUCUUUCAAAUAAAGGAAAAGGGAGGAGAGAAAAAUGAUGCAUCAAGCUUGUUUGUCAAAUACCACAGUAUUUUAUUCACUGUUAUCUUGCCGAUGGAAAUAAAAUAUUUGCAUUUAAAUAGUA